AUGAUGGAGUAUUGGAGGCAGUGCGCGCUGUGGUUAAUAAACUGCAAGGUGCUUCCAGUUAACCACCGGGUUACAUGGGAGUCUGCACAGGUAUUUGACUUGGCUCAAACCCUCCGGGAUGGGGUCCUCCUCUGCCACCUGCUCAACAACCUGAGACCCCAGUCCAUCAACCUAAAGGAGAUUAACCUCCGGCCUCAAAUGUCACAGUUCCUGUGCCUGAAGAAUAUCAGGACCUUCCUGGCAGCCUGCAGCGACAUAUUCGGCAUGAAGAAAAGCGAGCUGUUUGAGGCCUUCGACCUUUUUGACGUCAGGGACUUUGGAAAGGUUAUGGACACACUAUCUAAACUUUCUCAUACAUUGAUCGCACAGCAAACUGGACUCAGGCCUUUUCCCACAGAAGAGAGUGUUGAAGAUGAGGACAUCUACAACCACUUGGAAGACCUUAUAGAUGAGAACGGGGUGGAGGAUGAGGACGAUCUCUACGACUGCGUGUAUGAUGAUGAAGAGGGCGGCGAGAUCUAUGAGGACCUGAUGAAGACGGAAGCCAUCCCUCCUCCGACGUUCCAGAAACAGGCGGAGACUGACAUCAGAAGUCUCUGUUUAACAGAGAUCAAGCAGACAGAGGAGAAAUACACGGAAACCCUGGAGUCUAUAGAGAAGCACUUUAUGACGCCCCUCACCACGUUUUUAACCCAUGUCGAGAUGGAAAAGGUGUUUGUGAAUGUCCCGGAACUGGUUAAAGUUCACAAAAGUUUACUAGUGGAUAUCCAAGAGUCAGUCCAACAGAGAAGUGCCCAGAACCUUUACCAGAUAUUCAUCACGUUCAAAGAGAGGUUGCUGAUCUAUGGGAAAUACUGCAGCCAUGUAGAGACGUCCAUCGCCACUCUGGACUCCAUCUGCAAAGACAGAGAGGAUGUACGCAUGAAGCUAGAGGAAUGUUCAAAGAGAGCUAACUAUGGCAAGUUCACACUGAGGGAUCUGCUGGUGGUUCCUAUGCAGCGAGUCUUGAAGUAUCACCUUCUUCUGCAGGAGCUGAUGAAACACACUCAUGAUGCCACAGAAAAGACCAAUCUGCGGAAAGCACUGGACGCAAUGAAGGACUUGGCUCAGUAUGUCAACGAAGUCAAGAGAGACAAUGAGACGUUGCGAGAAAUAGAUCAGUACCAGAGAUCCAUUGAAAACCUGAAUCAACCUCUGAUUAACUACGGGAGACCCAAAGUUGACGGGGAGGUACGGGUGGCCUCAGUGGACAAACGAGCCAAACAGGACAGACACAUCUUCCUGUUCGAUGCUGCGGUGAUCGUUUGUAAGCGGCGAGGAGACAACUACGAGAUGAAAGAAGUGAUCGACCUGCACCUCUUCAAGAUCACAAACAACCCCACAUCGGACAAGGAGAACCGAAAGUGGUCCUAUGGAUUCUACCUCACUCACAACCAGGGCCAGAACGGCUUUGAAUUCUUCUUCAAGACCAAAGAGCUGAAAAAGAAGUGGCUGGAACAGUUUGGCAUGGCCAUAUCCAACAUUCGUCCUGAGGAUGCAACAAGCAACCACCAUGACUUUCACAUGCACACCUUUGACAGAAUCACCUCGUGCAAUUCUUGCCACAUGCUACUGAGGGGCAUCUUUAACCAGGGCUACCUGUGCUCCAAGUGUGGUUUAGGUGCUCAUAAAGAAUGUCUGGGCCGACUGGGCCACUGUGGAAAAACAGGUAACAUGUCACUGCUAAAAUCAUUUCUGACUGAAGACGCAUUAAAAUCAAUAGGUUUGCCCAAGAUGGUGGUUAUCAGGAACUACUUCGGUGUGCCGAGCCCCUCUUCUGGUCCAGCACUCAACAUCCAGAUAGGUGACAUCAUCGAAUUAAUCUGCGCCGACCUUCACUGCCCCUGGUGGCAGGGCAAAAUCCUGUCGACGAAAGAGGUUGGCUUCUUUCCAAGCGACGCUGUGAAGCCUUGCCCAUGUGUCCCGAAGCCCGUCGAUUACUCCACUCAACCUUGGUUUGCAGGGCCCAUGGAGAGGCUCCAGGCAGAGGCAGAACUCAUCAACAGGGUCAACAGCACCUACCUAGUCCGGCAUCGCAGCAGAGAGUUCACAGAAUACGCCAUCAGCAUAAAGUACAACAACGACGUGAAGCACAUAAAGAUCCUGACGAAGGAGGGCUGCUUCUACAUCGCAGAGAACAAGAAGUUCAGGAGCAUAUUAGAGCUGAUUGAGUACUACAAACACCACUCCCUGAGAGAAGGUUUCAGGAGUCUGGACACAACGUUGCAGUUUCCUUACCGGGAACCAGAGAAUGCUGCUAUGCACCGCAUCAACCGGUUGGGUGGCAACAUGUUCGCUCCCAAAGUGAUCGGCGUGGCGAUAGCGCGGUACGACUUCAGCUCGCGUGACACCCGGGAGCUCUCACUACAGGAGGGUGACGUGGUGAAGAUCUACACAAAGUCUGGAGCCAAUGGGUGGUGGAGAGGCGAGGUCAACGGCAGGGUUGGCUGGUUUCCGUCCACAUACGUAGAGGAGGGUGAAGAGUGAGCGGUCCGACACGAGAAGAAGAAUAAGAUGAAAAGAUGGACGGCAGCAGCGGAGUGAGAGGGCUGAGCUCGUAACGGCAACAAAACAAACAAUUGAAAGUGCCGUCAGCUCCUGCACCGCUGCUUGCUCCUGUGUUCCUUUUACAAAGCGGAGCAGUACACGGCUUCACCCGCCUCAGAUGGAGCCCUGCUGCCUGCAACCAUUCCCUGCGGCCUUUUUGGGAGAGGAAAAAAAAGGGCUACAGUACAUUGCAUAGGCAAAGAUGCCCAAUCAUUUCUGGUUGACUCUGUGUGGCUAAGUGACUCCACCAACUAGCAGCUUGCCUGUCAGCGGGGCACAAGCCCUCGU